ACGGCAUACUUUCACUUCCUCCAACACAAAGCUGUCUCUGUCAGAAACAACAGAUGUAAUGUGUCUCAAAGUGACAUAUCAGGGCACUUGUGACAUUAAAAAGAGUUAAUUCCUCUCAACAAUUCUUUGUCACUUUACAGUUGAGUGUUUACAGCGCUUUGGUGUGGACGCAACACAGUGGUAGGAGGAAUGUUUCAGUGGCUGAGCUGCAGUAACCAUGGGUCAGAGAGAAGAGGUGAGGCCGUCCUGCCUCUCCCUCCUCACCUACCACAGAGAGCUGCUGGUGUCCCGGCUCCGGAGCGUCGCCUGCAUCCUGGACAACCUGCUGGCCUCUGGCUUCGUCUGUGAGGAGGAUGUGGAGAUCGUUCAGCGAACUGCCACCAAGAUGGACAAGGUGCGUAAAAUCUUGGAGCUAGUCCAAUGCAAAGGUGAGGAGGCCUGUGAGUACUUCAUUUACAUCAUUUACAAGGUAUGUGAUGCAUACGUAGACCUCCAGCCAUGGCUGAAAGACAUCAACUUCAACCCAAGCAGUGAAGUAGCGCUGUUGGACGUGGUGAACACAGAUCCCAUCAGCAGGUUCAGUGAGAAGCUGAGGCGGGGCAUGAGCCAGGACACCAGCUUCAUCAUGUCGUACGGCCAGCGAGAGGAGACCCGUCUGGAGGAGCUGUACACCGACACGCUGAUGGAGCUGCUGAACGACUGCAACGAGAGUCUGGGCUUCCUGGAGAGCCUGCACACGCUGCUGGGAGACCAUGCAGACUUCAACCCCCAGGGGGAGACCAUCUCUGUGAUGGGGGAUGCCGGGGUGGGGAAAUCCAUCCUGCUGCAGAAGCUCCAGAAUCUCUGGUCCAACAAAGAGCUACAGACGGACGCCAUCUUCUUCUUUAAGUUCCGCUGCAGGACGUUCAGCCUCUUCAAGGACUCGGAGCAGAUGUCCCUCAGAGAGCUUCUGUUCAAACACAACUGCUGCCCCGACCACGACCCGGACGACGAGGUGUUUGAGUUCAUCCUGCGCUUCCCUGAGAAGGUUCUCUUUACGUUUGACGGCUACGAUGAGAUUCAGAUGAAUGACCUGAUGAAUGUUGCUGAGGUGGGCUCAACAGAUGUAAAGGCCCACCCCCUCCAGCUACUCAUCAGCCUGCUCUGUGGGAAACUGCUCAAGGGUUCCCAGAAGGUUCUGACGGCCCGCACAGGCACCGAGAUCCAGAGCAGGGUGAUCAGGAAGAAGGUGGCUCUGCGCGGCUUCUCCCCGGAUCACCUGAACACCUACAUCCACCUGCACUUCAAGAAGCAGGAGCACCGAGAGCUGGUGUCCGUGCAGCUGGAUGCCAGCCCCCACCUCUGUGGCCUCUGCUCCACCCCGCUAUUCUGCUGGAUCGUAUUCAAGAGCUUCAGGCACCUGCACACCAUGCAUGAUAGUUUCCACCUGCCUGACACCUGCAUCACGCUCACAGACAUCUUCCUCCUGCUGUCCGAGGUGUUCCUCAGCCGCUCAGCCGCUCCUGCUCCGUCUCUGCUGAAGAAGAGCACUCGGUGUGCUUCCGAGACGUUCAGAGCCGGGCUCAGGUCCCUCACAGCGUUUGCCAAACUGGCUCUUCAGGGUAUGGAGAGAGGAAGCUUCAUCUGGAGCCAGGAGCAGAUGAGUGAGUGUGGGCUGACGGAGGAGGACCUGUCGCUGGGCUUCCUGCGGCCUGUCGGUGAGUUCGACGCCAGCGGGGGCGCCGCUACAUUUGAAUUCCUCCACGUCACCCUGCAGUCUUUCCUGGCAGCGUUUGCUCUGGUGUUGGAUGAGCAGGCUCCUGCCGGCUCCAUCCUCAAGUUCUUCACAGAGUGCAGCAGGAAGAGGAAUACAUUUUGUGUUCCUUUUCAAGUCUGUAUCAGUGGCUCCUCAAAGUCCAGGGAAAAGAAUCCAUUUGCGACAAAUGAACACCUUCAGUUCACUAACCUGUUCCUGUGCGGCCUGCUGUCCAAGGCUCACAUCGGCCUGAUGGAGCAUCUGGUUUCUCCUAUGUUAUUAAAGAAAAAACGGGCCUUGCUCAAAUCCUACCUUUCUACCAGUGUGAAGUCCCACCUCCAUGGAUUACCCCACUAUGAUGGUGAGGAGGGCAAGAAGGUCCAUGUGCUGCCCAACUUCCUGUGGAUGCUGCGCUGCAUUUUUGAGACGGGGAGCAGAGACAUCGCCCAGACGACGGCCAGAGGCAUCAAGGCGGACUUCAUCAAGCUGGGCUACUGUAACGUGUUCUCCGGGGACUGCACCGCUAUCAACUUCGUGCUGCAGCACCGUCACAAGGUCCUGGGCCUCGACAUGGACAACAACAACAUCAGUGACUAUGGGGUGAAGCAGCUGAAGCCCUCCUUCAGUAAGAUGACAGUAGUGAGACUGUGUGUGAAUCAGCUGUCUGACAGCAGCAUCGAGGUUCUUGCAGAGGAGCUGUGUAAGCACAAAGUCGUGGAAAUCUUGGGCCUUUACAACAAUCACAUCACAGAUGUUGGAGCUAAGCUGGUGGCUCAGAUCAUCCAGGAAUGCCCAAAGCUGCGAGUCGUCAAGGUUGGCAAAAACAGGAUCACUGGUGUCGGGGGGAGAUAUCUGGCCAGCGCAAUCCAGAGGAGCUCUUCUAUAUUCGAUGUGGGGUGA